AAACAGAAUUGAGAAUUAGUGUCCCAGGGCCUGGAACAGUAAAAUCCCUGGGGUUUACACUGUCGGGUCCUGGAAGCCGGGAGAGAUUCAGAGCGGGGCCUGAGCUGCAACGCUGUCCCCCUCCCUCCUUCAAGGCCAAGUGGGUGCGGAGGGACCUGUUGUGACCAGACUGGGGGACCCCCUUCCCGGAAGGUCCCGUGCGGUCUUCCUGCAUGCCAGGUAACCACCCACAGCCCGCCCGAGCAGGAGGCAGGCAGUCUUUUCCAGGACCACACUGCCGCGCUGCGUGGAGUGAGGCAGGUCACGUUUUCUAAGAUCAGUCCCACCUCUGCUCUCCACCUUGAGUGACCUGGAGACUUUUUCACAGGCGACACUCCCAGCCCCCACCCUACCCCAGCAUCAUGCAUCGGACCACACGGAUCAAAAUUACGGAGCUGAACCCUCACCUCAUGUGUGCCCUCUGCGGGGGCUACUUCAUCGAUGCCACCACGAUUGUGGAGUGUCUGCACUCCUUCUGCAGGACCUGCAUCGUGCGUUACCUGGAGACCAACAAGUACUGCCCAAUGUGUGACGUGCAGGUCCACAAGACCCGGCCACUGCUGAGCAUCAGGUCUGACAAAACCCUCCAGGACAUCGUGUACAAGCUGGUGCCCGGGCUUUUUAAAGAUGAGAUGAAGCGGCGGCGUGACUUCUACGCGGCGUACCCGCUGACGGAGGUCCCCAAUGGCUCCAACGAGGACCGCGGCGAGGUCCUGGAGCAGGACAAGGGCGCCCUGAGCGACGACGAGAUCGUCAGCCUUUCCAUCGAGUUCUACGAGGGCGGCAGGGACCGGGAGGAGAAGAAGGGGCCCCUGGAGAACGGGGAUGGGGACAAGGAGAAGCAGACCGGGGUGCGCUUCCUGCGGUGCCCAGCUGCCAUGACUGUCAUGCACCUCGCCAAGUUCCUCCGCAACAAGAUGGACGUGCCCAGCAAGUACAAGGUGGAGGUGCUGUAUGACGACGAGCCCCUGAAGGAGUACUACACGCUCAUGGACAUCGCCUACAUCUACCCCUGGCGGCGGAAUGGCCCCCUCCCCCUCAAGUAUCGGGUCCAGCCGGCCUGCAAGCGGCUCACGCUGCCCACAGUGCCCACCCCCUCCGAGGGCACUAACACCAGCGGGGCCUCCGAGUGUGAGUCCGUCAGCGACAAGGCCCCCAGCCCUGCCACCCUGCCGGCCACCUCCUCCUCCCUGCCCAGCCCUGCCACCCCCUCUCACGGCUCUCCCAGCUCCCAUGGGCCCCCAGCCACCCACCCUACCUCCCCCACACCUCCUGCUGCUGCCAGCAGCGCCACCACCAGUGCCAAUGGGGGCACCUCGAACUGCCUGCAGAACGCGUCCUCCACCAGCAGGGGGCGCAAGGUGACUGUCAACGGCGUGCCCGUGCCCCCCUUGACUUGAGGAAGGGACCCCUCCUCCUUGGCAACCCGCUCUCUACUUCACUUUUUCUGGGCCCCUUUUUUCCACCACUUCUCCCUGACUCUUCCCACCUUAGGGGUGGGAGGCGG